AUGGUCUGGUUCCCGCUCCAAGUCGACGAUGAAGCUGUCACCUGGAGCUUCGACAUCGUCGGUUUGCUAGCCGUGGUCGGAGGUUCCUCGAUUGAAAAGCAUGCCCAAUACAUUACUGCCUCUCAUCUUGCUGGUCUUCCCCGUCUCUUACCUGCCCCGGAAACAAUGCUGGAUACCGACCGGCCAGAGCGACUACCCUCCGUCAAGGAUGUGACCGUUGUAGGCGUUCACUCCGGCAACCAAUUCCAGGAGCUCAACUUCUUCGCGGAUGUGAUCCACCGUAUCGGAGAGUUGAAGUCUUUCCGCUUCCAAUCCUACCGAAUCACCUACCAGAAGAAAGAUGUCGAGGAUAACGGGGGGAUUCUCAGCCAGGGCGCUCCCCCAGGCAAAGCCGUCAUCCCACUACACACAUGGACAUCACUGAACUUGUUGACACUUAUAUCGUUCCUGAUUACAAUUGCGCUAUUUGUGUGGGCCGGUGUGCAGCAUGAUGCUGUCGCUUUCCUCGGUCUCGGAACCAUGUCCAUCUCCACUGCGACAGCUUGCCUGUCCGCACAAUGGCGCCCGAUUCUCUCAGUUCGACACGCCAAGGGUGUCGUGCCCCCCGGUGACGUAGUCAUCCGUACACGAUCCGGAGCGUUCAUUGCUAUCGAAUGCAGUGAGGAGAUUGCCCGCGAGCUGUACGCCGGAACAGAAGAGUGUUCCUACGUCUACAACGGACGUGUUCACCAAGCUCUUCUCGCGACCAGCACGGUACUUCUGAUGGCUUCCAUUAUUUUCUUCAGUAACUGCGGUUGGAAGAUUCAGAUUGCCGUCGGACUUGCCUAUAUCAUCCUCAACCUCGCAUACUGGACCUUGGCGUUGUUGACGGACCCACAGGAUCUUUGGGAUAUUAAGAGUCGAUACAAUGUGGAGGUAUUGAAGGAUGAACCAAGCGCAAACUAUACCCUGGCAAUGUGGAAGGCUAUCCAAACCACUCAGAGCGUUCGCUGGAUCAAGAAGGGUGGAUUUGCGCCGGCAACCAAAAAUUGGAACAAGUGGUUGAAAGAGGCAAAGGAUAACUGCGCCAAUGAAAACUGGAAUCCUGAAGAGGCGCGUGAUCGGUGGAUGCAGGUUAAGUUUGACACGGAUGAGAAGGAGGACUAA